CCCUUCCCCGCCCCAGCCGGGAUAGGGGUGCGGUCCCGAGUGCCUACUGUGGCUUCCCCCUUUGCGACCCGCUCCCGGGAGCGUUCCAACGCCCACAGGCUGCUUUCCGGGAACGCUUACCCGGCCGUGCGCCCCAGUUUCCCGCAAGUUGCCUGGCCGCCGAGAACGUUCUGACGCCUUCGGGGAACGCCCUCGACCACGCGACUCUGGCCGGGUACCGCUCUCAGUCCCCGGUGUUGCAGCCGCGGAGCAGCGGUGAGUAGCAUGCGGGACUACGACGAGGUGACCACGUUCCUGGGCGAGUGGGGGCCCUUCCAGCGCCUUAUCUUCUUCCUGCUCAGCGCCAGCAUCAUCCCCAACGGCUUCAAUGGAAUGUCAGUCGUGUUCCUGGCCGCCACCCCGGAGCACCGCUGCCGGGUGCCGGACACGGCGAACCUGAGCGGCGCGUGGCGCAACCACAGUAUCCCGCUGCGGCUGCAGGGCGGCCGCGAGGUGCCUCACAGCUGCCGGCGCUACCGGCUCGCGGCGAUCGCCAACUUCUCGGCGCUCGGGCUGGAGCCGGGACGCGAUGUGGACCUGGAGCAGCUGGAGCAGGAGGGCUGCGUGGACGGCUGGGAGUUCAGCCGGGACAUCUACCUGUCCACCAUCGUGACCGAGUGGAAUCUAGUGUGUGAGGAUGAUUGGAAGACGCCCCUCACCUCCUCCCUGUUCUUUGUGGGCGUGCUCCUCGGCUCCUUCGUGUCUGGGCAGCUAUCUGACAGGUUUGGCAGGAAGAGCAUCCUCUUCGCAACCAUGGCCGUGCAGACUGGCUUCAGCUUCCUGCAGAUUUUCUCCAUCAACUGGGAGAUGUUUACUGUAUUAUUUGUCAUCGUCGGGAUGGGCCAGAUCUCCAACUAUGUGGUGGCCUUCAUUCUAGGAACAGAAAUUCUUGGCAAGUCAGUUCGUAUUCUAUUCUCCACGUUAGGAGUGUGCACAUUUUUUGCAGUUGGCUACAUGCUGCUGCCGCUGUUUGCUCACUUCAUCCGAGACUGGCGGAUGCUGCUGCUGGCGCUCACGGUGCCCGGGGUGCUGUGCGUCCCUCUGUGGUGGUUUAUUCCCGAAUCUCCCCGGUGGUUGAUAUCCCAGAGAAGAUUUAGAGAGGCUGAAAGUAUCAUCCAAAAAGCUGCAAAAAUGAACAACAUAGCUGCCCCGAUGGUGAUUUUUGAUCCUGUGGAGCUACAGGAACUAAAACUCCCAAGUCAGCAGAAAGUUUUCAUUCUGGACCUAUUCAGGACUCAGAAUAUUGCCACAAUAACCAUCAUGUCCUUGCUGCUCUGGAUGCUAACCUCAGUGGGUUACUUUGCUCUGUCUCUCAACGCUCCUAAUUUACACGGAGAUGCCUAUCUGAACUGUUUCCUUUCUGCCUUGAUCGAAGUUCCAGCUUACAUCACAGCCUGGUUGUUGCUUCGAACCCUGCCUCGGCGUUACAUCAUAGCUGGAGUACUGUUCUUGGGAGGAGGCGUGCUUCUCUUAAUUCAGUUCGUACCUGCAGAUUACAACUUCUUGUCCAUUGGUCUGGUGAUGUUAGGAAAGUUCGGGAUCACCUCUGCUUUCUCCAUGCUGUAUGUCUUCACUGCAGAGCUUUACCCCACCCUGGUCAGGAACAUGGCUGUGGGGGUCACAUCCAUGGCAUCCAGAGUGGGCAGCAUCAUUGCUCCCUACUUUGUUUACCUCGGUGCUUACAACAGAGUUCUGCCCUACAUCGUCAUGGGUAGCCUGACUGUCUUCAUUGGAAUCAUCACCCUUUUCUUCCCGGAAAGUUUUGGAAUGACUCUACCAGAGACCUUAGAGCAGAUGCAGAAAGUGAAAGGGUUCAGGUUUAGGAAAAAACCAAGAGAUUCAGUAGAGAAGGAAGAAAAUCCCAAAGUUCUAAUAACUUCAUUCUGAUAAGAUCUCCACCCCAUUUGGUGACCUGAAAACCAGCUGCAUCAGACUCUACGAGGAAACCAAAGCCUUUCCUGAGGAACUGGACCAAGCCUGACGAUGAACACUAAGAUGACUCUGCUAUUGAGAAACGCUUGUCAUAGAGCACACUCCAGAUAAUCUCCUUAAUUUUAAUA